UAUCCCGUCUUGUUGUGAGGGGAGACCUACCGAAACCCGUGUCCAGUUGAGCAUUUUGUGGGACUUGUUUUAUGUUGUUGUUGUCGAGAGAGACGGACCCUUACUCCAGCAUGCUCACUGAGCCUGAGCUACCUCAGGAGUGUAACAGGAUGUCUUCCAAGCGACCAGCCUCUCCAUAUGGGGGGACAGAUGGAGAGGUAACCAUAGCAACCAGCAGACAGCGAGUGGAGGAUGAGGAGAGCGAGGGACUGGGUGGUGUGAUCCACCUCCCCCUGGCGUCCUACUGCAACAAGGUGUCCCCGCGCUCGCCCCCUUUUCGGACCUUGGACAGCCCCCCCAACAACACGGAUCUGGACGGCUCCAAGGGGAACUCCCUGAGCCCUUACCCCCUGCACAAUGCUACCUCACCGGGCAAAGACGAAGGUGGCGCCGGGGGUCGGCCGUGCGGCGACGGUGGCGCGGCGGCGGGCGCGCUGGGAACCCCCGAGAGACGCAAAGGGAGCCUGGCGGACGUGGUGGACACACUGAAACAACGUAAGAUGGAGGAACUGAUCAAGAAUGAACCGGAAGGUACACCGGACAGCCUAGCGGAGAAAGAGCGCCAACUCAUGGGCAUGAUCGGCCAGCUGAGCAGCCUGAGGGAGCAGCUCCUGGCGGCCCACGAGGAGCAGAAGAAGCUGGCCGCCUCGCAGAUGGAGAAACAGAGGCAGCAGAUGGAGCUGGCCAAGCAACAGCAGGACCAGAUUGCCCGGCAACAACAGCAGCCCCUGCAGCAGCAGCACAAAAUCAACCUCCUGCAGCAGCAAAUCCAGCAGGUCCAGGGCCAACUCCCGCCGCUGAUGAUCCCCGUCUUUCCCCCGGACCAGAGGACCCUGGCGGCAGCGGCGGCCCAGCAGGGCUUCCUCAUGCCGCCGGGCUUCAACUACAAACCGGGCUGCAGUGAGUGCCGUCGAUCGACGUGGAAAAUAAAUAUAUCGGGCUACAUACGGAAAAAAAAAAUGAAAGUUAAGGAGAUGGAAGCGCAAAGCGACAAUUCACUGAAAAAGCCAAGCGCCAUCUCGGAGGAUUUGUAUUAA